AUGGCUUUUUCUCAAGAAACCGGAGGGGCAUGGAGCAUCAUGGAAGAUGUCUUGUUGUGUGAGUGUUGGGUCCAAAUUAUUCAUGAUCCCAUAUCGGGUAAUGAGAUGAAAUUCAGUCAAAUGUGGAAAAAAAUUCUUCACGAAUUUGUUGAAAGAUCGGGUUCCAUCCGUACGGAAAGCACAUUGUCAAGUCGAUGGAAACUUCUCAACAAAGAGUUGGGGAAAUGGAGAGAUGCCCUCACAAAAGCGAUGAAUAACCAUGCAAGCGGGGAAAAUCUCAGCGAUGAGGUAAAUUAUUUCCCCCCUUGCCAUGGCAAUUGCUGGAAGUGCAACUUACUUUUUGCAAGGGCAGACACUAUUCCCGUGAAUAGUGUCAGGCCUAACCCCCCCCUUGCCAUGACAACAUUCUCAUUGCUGGAAGUGCUCUUAGAAUGA